CUUUGAAAAAUUGUAAAUUUCUUAUCAAUUUGGAGACAUAUUCUACGCCUGUGAACUUUAUGUCAAGUCACCUGAAUGUCCUGAAAACUGAAACACUCGGAGCAACUCGAACCAGCAUAUCUCGGCAUGGGCGCGGUAGGAAGUCGCCAGCUAAAGCCCGCCCAAAUGGGUGACCACCAGAAGGCCACCGGCCUGUCGGCCGAGCAGCUGGAGCAGCUGCACACUCGCUUUCGCAGCCUGGAUCGCCACCAGCGCGGCUACUUGACGCCCACCGAUUUGCUGCGCAUACCGCAGCUCUCGCUCAAUCCGCUCCACCGCCAGAUUGUCGAUGGCUUCUUCCCCAGCCGCGAGGCCAGCGCUCGCCUGGACUUUGACCAGUUCGUGGAGACGUGCGCCACCUUUUUGGUGCCACAAUUUGGUCGCGGGUCGAACGGACGCCGCGACGGUCGCGCCCAGAAGCUGCGCCUCCUCUCCAAGAUGUUUGACACCCGGCGCAGCGGUUGCAUCACACGCGACGACUUCCGCCAGAUCAUGCGCAGCCUGCUCAAUCCGAUCUGGAACUCGCAACAGGACCAGGAGCAGCUGGCCGAGCAGGAACGCAAGCCCGAGGUGGAGGCCGAGCUGCUGCUGCUGGAGCAGCAGGCCUUCAUCUUCGCCGCCUGCCAGCAGAUCUCGUAUGCGGAGUUUGAGCAGCGCCUGCACAGCGCCGAUGUCAACGGACGACUGUCGAUCGCCAAGUGGCUGGUGGACGACGACGAGGCCAGGAUGGGGCGUCCAGAGGCCAAGGGCCCAUAAAAUCCUUUAAAACGUCUUUAUCCUGGUCGUGCUGCGCGUGUUUGUUUUUCUGUCUAAAUAAACCAAUUGGCAAAACUAAACGAGAAAUGGAAGGCAG